UCGGCAUAUAAGUCGCAAUUUACCACGACUUUGCAUUGUACAAUCUCUUAUCCGACUUCUUAUCAACUGAAACACUCGUCACCAACUUCCUUUUCGCUUCGCCUCAAAACAAUCUAACAUUCGACGCUGAGAUCUUCAGUAUGCCUGCAACGUUCGGAAACUACGCUGGCAGUGAAUCGAAAUCGAAAGCUUUCCACUACUCGCAAGCCGUCAAGGUGGGAAAUGUCGUUCGUAUAUCCGGUCAAGGUGGAUGGGAUGCUGAAGGGAACGUGGCCCCAGAUGCCGCAAAGCAAGUAGAGCUAGCACUCGGAAACAUCGAGAAGGCUCUACAAUCUGUCGAAGUCGAAAAGAGCUUAUCCUGGAGGAACGUGUACGCUAUCCGGUCAUACCACACAAACAUCGACGAGUCUGCGGACCUAUGUAUCGAAGGCUGGCGACGCGUUAUGCCUGAUCACCGACCGGUAUGGACAUGUGUCGAGAUUACCAACCUUGGUAUCGAAGGCAUGCAAGUCGAAAUCGAGGUGGAGGCUCUCGUUGAGUAGGAGUGAGAGAGGCGGUACUCAGACAUUGGUAAUAAGUUGGAACACAGGCACCAGGGGUGGCUAAAAUUCCUGUCGCGUUUGCUGCAUACACACUCUUGAAUCUUAACAACUAGACUGUCCUUAGAGUCAUGUAUACAUCUACCUU